UGUGGUGUUGAGAGCCGAGUGUGUGGUCAGGGUCAGAGAGGAGCGUUACUCUGUGGGAGAAUUUGGCUGGAGGUGGUGAAGAUGGCGGAUGGAGACAGUGGGAGCGAGCGCGGAGGUAGUAGCGGUGGCGGCGGUGGUGGUGGCGGCGGAGGCGGCGGCCAGCACUUCCAGCGGGAGCAGGAGACCCAGGAGUUGGCGUCCAAGCGUCUGGACAUUCAGAACAAGCGCUUCUACCUGGACGUCAAGCAGAACGCGAAGGGCCGCUUCAUUAAGAUAGCGGAGGUGGGAGCCGGGGGCUCCAAAAGCCGCCUGACUCUCUCCAUGUCUGUUGCGGCGGAGUUCCGCGACUACCUCGGAGAUUUCAUCGAGCACUACGCCCAGCUGGGGCCCAGCAGCCCGGAGCAGAUCGCACAGUCCUCCGGUGGCGACGAUGGCGGCCCGCGGCGGGCGCUCAAGAGCGAGUUCUUGGUUCGCGAGAACCGCAAAUACUACCUCGACCUCAAGGAGAACCAGCGCGGGAGGUUCCUGCGGAUCCGGCAGACCGUUAAUCGAGGGCCCGGCUUUGGAGUCGGCGGCGGCCCCGGGGGUGCCGUGCAGGCCGGCCAGACUAUCGCGCUCCCGGCUCAGGGCCUGAUCGAGUUCCGCGACGCCCUGGCCAAACUCAUCGACGACUACGGCGGCGAGGACGACGAGCUGAGCGGGGGGCCCGGCGCCCCGGGGGGAUACGGAGAGCUGCCCGAGGGCACCUCCAUCAUCGUGGACUCCAAGAGGUUCUUUUUCGACGUCGGCUCCAACAAGUACGGGGUGUUCCUGCGGGUCAGCGAGGUCAAACCCAGCUACAGGAACUCCAUCACCAUUCCCUUCAAAGCCUGGGGUAAGUUUGGUGGAGCGUUCUGUCGCUAUGCCGAGGAGAUGAAGGAGAUCCAGGAGAGACACCGGGAUAAGGUGUACGAGAGGAGAGAGGAGUCGGAAGGGGAAGAUGUGGACGAUGACUGACAUUAAGGUCACCUGAAGAGUUCAAUAGGUGUAUGAGAAACGAUAAGUGCAUGAAUUGAACUCAAAUAGCCUAAUAAGAAAUUGUGGCAUACUAUUAAUUUGACAGAAAAAUAGAUAUGUGGAAUUUAAAUGUGGUGAGGGGAGGGGGUGAGGUUCAUAUAGAAGAAGCAAUGGGCGAAGGAUGUCUCAUUUGGAGGGCUGUCAUCAGGGGUCUCCUUGUCCUCAUGAGGCCCUCUAUGAUAUGAUAUAAUCUACUCAUUGGAGUGAUCCCACAUAAACAAAAUUUUAUUUUAGCGACAGCCCUUCUCAUGAGCUUUGACUCACUCCUGAUGCUUCCCUGUCCUUUUAAACCAGCAAGUUUAAUUGUCUUGCUUAACAAUUAAACCUUUAAUAUAUCCAACACUAAGACUUGCUGAAUCUGAAAUGUUGUCAAUAAAACCAGGCUACAUGGGUGCAUACUGUCUAACAGAUUAGAGGAAAGAAAUGUUGUAUAAAUAUUCAGUGUCACUGUCUUUAUGGUGCGUUUCUAACCAAGGCAGACACAACUGUUAUCAAAAAUGUGCAUCAGAAUAACUUUGCAUUUCCUGAUUAUUUUAUUUCAGUUUUUUAUCUGACCAAUGUUCCCAAGGGUCUCCUAAGUUAUUCAUUUCAUUUGGUAAGCCAUGUAUCCAGCAAAAUGAGUUUUAUGGUUUGGUGAUUAGACAAUAACAUGUUUUCAAUUCAGAUUUGGAUGGAAAGUAUCUUAAAAGAGAGAGUUCAACCAAAAAUGAAAACUCUCGCCCUUGUGUUGUUCCACACCAGGAUAAAUUUUUACUGGGGGGGGGGUGUGUCCAAGUGGCGAUUUACUGUAAUGGCAUCCUUUUUCCAAUCCAUGCAAUGAAAGUGGAUGGUGACUGAAGCCAACAUUCUGUCUCUUUUUGUAUUCCACAGAACAAAAUCAUACGACUAAGGGUGAGUAAACGAUUUUUGGUUGAACAAUCCCUUUAAACAUGGAAGUUUUGACCCCUAAUUUGUGUUCAGAGGGUCUCAGAGACUUUAAAUCGGAGGUCAGAAUCUGUCAUGCAGUGAUUUCAUUUGACCGGAAGUUUAUACUCUUCCACUGUUGUGAAUUGACAUUAUGGCUACAGCCUGCUGGGGACUUAUGGGAUAUUUAGGGAUAGGGGUCAACAUACAAAGAGCUUUGUUGUUGUCUUGACUUGGGUCCAAAUCUGAAUGACUGUGUUGGACUUAAAGUCCCCUCUGAAUAUUUAAAAGCAGAUUGCUUAAUAGAAGUAUAGCAUGAUAACACUCCCAUCAUAUAAAGGACAAAGCUACAUGAGUGAGUGUAUUUUCACCCCUCUCCCUUUUUGUGUUGUUCUUGUCUUUGUAUUAAAUGGAUGAUCAUUCUUAACGAGAGAAUACAUAAACCAGCAUAUUUUUUGGGUAUACAAAGUACAAAUUAUAUAUAUAUAUAUAUAUAAACUAAAGAAUUAUUAAGGUUCAAGAAGCUUAUUUUGUAAAAAAGAAGAAAAAAAAGAAAAGAUAAAUAAGCUGGGAUUGAAAGAUUGUCCAGUGUAUUUGUUUUGUGAACGAGUAUAGUGUCAUGAUUAAAGAACGUCAAUAACAAUACAUCUAUGACUGCGUAUUUCAGAUUAGCUGAAUGAAAUGUCAACCCCCCCCAAGCUUCUCCCAUAAUCCUCUUGAGUUUGUGCACACAUCAUUGUGUUUAUUUGCUAUAGAAUAGGCCUAGAUAUCAAAAGUCUUCAGUGGUCUUGUAGUAAGCCCAUUUCUGUGCAUGCUUGUCCUGCAUUUGCCUUUUAAUUUAAUGAUUUUCUUGCAUAGUAUCCGCAACUAUAUUAAUGCAAAACUUAUUUUUAAUUCAUUAGAAAAUAAAGAAUAUACUGGGCGAGUGUCUCACCAAAAAUAUGUUGAAAUAACCAAGUAGACCAGGAGGGUUAUGAUGGAGAAAGACAUUGAAAACAUUUAAUGUGUGCACUUUAGCAACAACAGAAAUGAGCAAACUGCAGUUUACUUGGAGUGAUGUUCAUGCAAUGACAUGCUUGAUGUCCACUGCAAAAAUCUGAACAACCGUUUUCUUCAAGCCUGCUUUGACCAUCCAUACUGUUUCGUGUUAAAUAGCAACUGUUUGAGUCGUGCACACUGCUGUGAUGCAUCAAGUUCCUUCCCAAACGAUUAAAGUCAAAUUGCAUUGCACCAAGUAUGUAGUAAGUCAGAUUGAUUUCUUCUUAAUCGUCCAUUUCAAAAUGUUCCUUUUUGGAUGAACGGUCUCUUUUACAUGGCGAGUUUUCACACAUACACUUUCUAUAACCUGCAUAAUUGUUAGCGGAUGCCAGUAUGCCUGAUUCAUCCAGCUUAAUUUUCUGUACAUCUACAAUUGCGGCAGCUGUUCCUUCGCAAGCUGACUUAGCAGGCUGGCUAUUUUAAUGUGAGAAGCAUGAAGAGGGUAUGCAUUCCUGUCCUGGUGGUCGUGGUUUCAGCUGUGGCAUUAGCUCUGAAGUGCAAGGAGGUACAAGGGCCUGAUUGUUGAGCUAUCCACUCGCUCCUGCAAAUGUUAUUACAUCAGCAGACCACAUUUACUGCAUGUGACGGGCUGCUGCAGCCAUGCACUGGGGAAAACCCCAAAAACAUGUCGUUCAAAGUUGCGUGGCAUGCAGUGUUUUAGGUGAUCCAAUGAACUUUGGCUCAAGUUGUUUGGAUUUGGAAGUUUUUGGUAUUUAAUUGUUGGCUCUGUUAUGGUUAUGUUUGUGGACCAACUUUUAAAAAACAGGGCCCAAUUUGGCAGCUGAGCCUGAACGGCAACUGAAAGCGUGACACAGCAGCUGUUGGCAGGAAAUUCUUGCAUCCCAUGCCCUCCCUUCCUCCUCAGCUGCUGUUUCGGAUUGCUCUGCUAAACGGGAGGCACCAUUUAGGUGUUAUGGGGUUGAGAUAGGUUUACAUCACUACUGCUUUUUUGCAAACUUGCUCUAGGAAGGAGAGCCAUGUUGUUUUUGUGGCUCUAUAGCACUUUGUGGUUAUAGUGGCGUGUCUAAAUCGACAAUAGCACUAUUUAUAGAUCAUAAUAUGAAUUUAAAUCUGAUUGUAUGACCCAUUAAUGCUAUUUGCUAAAUACAGAGAGUUCUUAAUGACCCCGACAUAUAUAUAUAUAUAUAUUGAAUGUGACAUGCUGAGGAACCAAGAUCGUUGACUAAUUUUACUUCUAUGAUUUCAAUACAGUUUGCAAAUCGAUGACAAUAAGCCAUUUUGAGUCUUUUUCUUCACUUUGAGGUGUUAAGAAUUGUUCAGGUUGCAGUCCAAAACCCCAGAUUAGAAUUCGCCAUGGGUGCCCUCUAUGGGUCUUUAUUAGACAUAUAUUUUUGAGGCAUCAAUAUAUUAACAUUAGCUGACAUUUAAAUUAGAAGGUUGAUUUGCGUGCUUUCCAAUUCACUCUGUUGGGCUUCUGUUUAAUGUCUGGCAUAAUAGCGUUGAGAGACCAGAUGGGAGUGAUAUAACAUUUACUGAAGCAGGUCGUAAGGCACAGGUAUCGCAACAUAGGACAUUAAUUUUAAAGCUCCUUGCACAGGACACAGACACACAAAAGAUUUUUAAACUUCAAAGUGACGUUGAUGAGUUUGCAGGUUAGUGUAUGAAUCUGGAGUAACUGGGCAAACUAAACGAUUAGAAAUUAUUGUGCAAUUUCUCUGUAGGUAGAUUUGAAUAGGUUUCAAAAGGUAUCAAACCACAAAAAGAUAUAUUUGUAACUGAAAAUACAUUGUGUAGAAUAUAUGAAAGAUGCAUAUACACAAUAUAUCAUCCACUGAUGGCUAGAGUAAAUAAUCAGUGUCCUUUAAUGAUUUGGGUUGAAUUUAAUGGAAAAAUAUGCGAGUUGAGCUCUGUCCUGCAGAUUUUUGAGCAGCCUCCAUAGACCGCAAGCAGUGGUGAGUUUGUACCUUCAAAGAAAAUAGUUUUGAAUUUUCAAAUGAGCCAUUUGUCGCCCCCCUUUUAAUUUACCCUGCCACUCACACUUUACCAAAGGUGUGUUGAAAAUAGGUUUGAAAAGACAAAAACUAUUGUGCUAUGGGUAGCCCUAUUUAUAUACAAAGAAAUCCCUAUAUAUAUAUAUAUAUAUACAAUAAUCAUCUGGAAAACCAUCAAUUAUUGAUGCAUGAAAAAGGCAUUGAUUCCAGCCUCGUUUCUAUAAUGACAUUUUUGGAUUUAUAAGUAAAAUAAGGUCUGUGAUAACAUUACUUGACAAUAUGUGGACGUUUUGUUUUACAAAAUUAUACCUUCAUACCUCAAAUGUGAAUUUUGAACCCUACAUGGGUUCAAAAUUCACAUUGGAGUUAUGAAAUUGUGUCAUUUAUGUUGUAGACAUGUAAUGUCCAUGUAUUGUCAAGUAAUGGUUACGACAGACUUUAUUAAGUCGAAAACUUCAAUUGUAAAAAAAAACACUGGAAAAUCCAGAGGGAUCCCAUAGCGAAUUAGCCUUCCGGUUUCACCUACAAAUUGACGUCAUUGCUUAACAGAUUUUUGCCUUAAGGCAAACACUCUAGGAGAUGGUACAAUAUUUAACCACUUUUUGAUGACCUGUCCAUUUGAAAUGCAAUUGGGCACAAAUCGUAAAGCAAGACUGAUCAUAAAACUAGAAAUGGACUUUCUUUCGACUAAACUUGGCUGUGUUUAUUUCAGAUGUAUUAUGUGAUAUAUAUGUUCUGUAAAGCUUUGUAAUUUGUUACCAACUUCUUGCUAAGAAAUCAGGGGCAGGAAGCAAUACUCAUUUAAAGGGAUGGGAUUAUGAUUUCAUUUCCUGUCAGGAUCUUCCCCGACACAAUUGGCCGAUUAGUCUUCCUGUUUCCUGAGGUUAGGAUAUUUGCAAAAGUUCUGUGGGGUGUCUCCAUGUGUUUUCAAAUGAACAAUACCUCUGUAUGAAAUGAAUUUUCUAGAAUGUUAUGUUAUUCCAGGUAAUUCAUCCGAGCUCUUAACAGCAUCCAUGCGUCAACCGCUGUCUUUUUGGAACACCGUUUUCCCGAUCAUAUGCACAAGCUUUGCAAUUCAACAAUCUUUUUCAAGAUGGAAGCAAUUAUUCCAAUAGUUUUCAGCAGAGAGUUUAACGUUGAAAUGACUUUGUCUGGUUUCAACUCAGGUUCUUGGCAUUUUCAGUAUGUAUGUAUGUAUGUAUACACAUACACACAUAUUUGUGUGAUUUAUGUUGAAGAUCUGUUACAUAAUAUUGAAGUUACAGAAAGAGUUCAUAGGCUAUUGCAGGACACUGUCAAGAGCUCAGGUCUCAGAUACUCUAUAAGUAUCUCCGCCCAUCAAGCCCCACGCCAGACUGCCUCCAUCAGUAUGGGCAGUCUUCCAUUUUUCCCAUGGCUACACCAUUUGUUAGUUUGUUUGUUUUUUGGAGAUUUACAAGUCUAUAUUUAGAAAAUGCUAUGUAUGUUUGUAACAGAAUAAAGAAAUUAUUAAUGAUGG